AUGCUUUUUAUUUCAGCUGUGAUAUUUGUAAUCAAUGGAGUAUCAGCUCUUUCGUAUAAUCAACCAAAGCUUUGUCCAACAGCCUCAUGGAAUGAAGUUAGCCGCACUUUUGCUCAUGAGAAAGCAAAUGUCACAAGACAUCCCAUUCAAUUCAUUGAUACGAAAAAUACAAUUUACACUGCUUCUGAGGCAGAAAGGCAAAUCUUCAUUCGACAUGAAGGCCAGACUUCUUCCAAAUCAAUCGGAUAUCUACAUAAUUCAAGCUUAUCCGCGAUAUUUGUGAUCGAUACUGAUGAUAUUUAUACAAGUUACGAAAACAGAAAAAUUGAGAAAUGGAUCGCAAAUAAAAAUGAAUAUGUUCAUAUAAUGGAUACGGAAUCAACAUGUUUUGAUCUUUUUAUCGAUAUCGAGAACAAUCUGUACUGUUCAAUGUCUCUCGCACAUAAAGUUGUGAAACGACAAUUGAAUGAAGCAAAGACGACCAUUGUAGCUGGUGUAGAUACUGCAGGCUACGAAUCUCAUCAACUGAAUAGUCCAACGGGAAUCUUUGUUGAUACAAAUCUCGAUUUAUAUGUAGCAGAUCGCAUGAAUAAUAGAAUUCAAUUAUUUCAUUUGGGCGAAACCGAUGGAAAAACAAUAGUAGGAGACGAUUCAUCAGAUAUUACAAUUUCACUCCGGGGACCUUAUUCCAUUGUACUUGAUUCGGAUAAAUAUUUCUACAUUGCGGAAUACGAUAAUCGCCGAAUAAUUGCAUCAGGACCCAAUGGCUUUCGACGUUUGUUUAAACCCUCUCUGAAUAAGUGCCCUCGUUGUUCUGUCGUCGUCCAUGCACCGUUUGGACCAACAAAAGUGAGUUUUGAUGUUCAUGGAAACUUAUUUGUUUCUGAUCUGGACAAUCGUCGAAUUCAAAUAUUUGAUUUACAAAAAGAUUCUUGUGUAAGUGUUCCAUCCAUCAUCCAAACAACGUAUUCUUCGGUUUUAACAAACGAACAUCCCCGAUUUUCCCGCAACUUAUUCCACGACUUCACCUAUCGCUAUGAAGCCAUAGAAAUAACUGUCCAUGAGACCGACUUCUACAUUCUCACUGCUAGCAGUAGUGUUGACCUUUAUGGUCAUGUAUACAAAGAUGAUUUUCAUCGAUUUGAUCCAUCGAAAAACCUAAUUGCAUGGUUUGGGCAAUGUUGUCGUAAAGAUCAGUUUAAAUUCACACUUGAACUUCAAGCCAACACGAAAUAUAUUCUAGUUGUAACAACAUACCAUCCGAAAGUAACAGGUCCAUUCUCAAUCAUCACUUAUGGUUCACAUCCACUUAACCUUCGACUCAUGGAUGUUGAACCAUUUAUUGAAUCAAUUCAUUCGUCUCAACUGACAGAAAAGCUUCCAACAUAUGAUCCCUUUUGUUCAUCAGUGCCGACAUUCUUCUAUGAGGCGAUACAAAUGAACGUGAUUGAAAGUGGUUUUUAUACGAUUUAUAUCCGGAGUAAUAGAGCAAACACAUACAGUAACAUAUACAAAUCGAAUUUUUAUCCAAGUUUGCCCCUCCUAAACUUACUCAUGGACUGGGAUGCUGUUGAAAAUCGUCACAUCGAUCCGGUUACUGUUACACUGAUGAACGACACUCGAUAUAUAUAUGUUAUGGCAACGUCUUACAAGAAUCAAACAACAGGUUUCUGGAUGAACAUCUUUGGCAGAAGCCAUGUUCAUUUUCAACCUUUCAAUAUUUCACCGAUUAUUCAUUCAAAAUAUUCUUCAAACUUAACAGUAGUUAAUCCCACAUAUAAUAAGUGGUGCGUGAACCGCUAUUACUACUAUGAAACUGUGCGACUAACUAUAUUCACGACUGCAUACUAUACUUUUGUAGGCGACGUCGAUCAACGUAUAGAGAUGUUCAUUUACAAAAAUCAAUUUAAUCUGUGGAAUCCAAGGGAAAAUCUUGUAAAAUACAGGGCUUUGGGCUGUGCAAUUCUUCCUCAGAUAACUCUUUUAGCUGAGCUUCAAGCUAACACUACAUACAUAUUACUUGUGACAACUAUGAAACCAUUGGAGACAUUAUCGAUAUCGAUUACAGUAUCUGGACCAGCAGAUGUCACAUUUGAACGCUUUAUUGAUAAUUCAGCUUAUUGUCAUGUUGGUGGUCUAUGUGAGCGCCAAGUUAAAGGCAUUGGUUUAACUCUCGAUGAUAUUCUGCGUCUUGAACUGAAACGAAAUAUGACAAUAAAUGAUCAACCACUCGUUAUCAAAAUCAGUGCUGCUUUAACAACGAUUAUGCUUUUUGUUGGUGUCAUUAGUAGUGCUUUCUCGCUUUUAACUUUUCAAAAUGGAAAUUUACGAACAGUCGGAUGUGGACUGUAUCUUCUAGCAUCAUCAAUUACUUCUUUUUUAACAAUUACAAUGUUCGCCAUCAAGUUUUGGUUUGUUGUUAUCACACAAACAAACGUCUCCAUUGAUCUAUCGGUUCUUCAAGGUGGUUGCAAAUCGAUUGAAACUCUUCUCAAACUUUUCUUCUAUUGGGAUGCAUGGUUGAAUGCAUGUAUUGCCGUUGAACGUGCUGUGAAUGUUUACAAAGGAGUGAGUUUUGAUAAAGAAAAAAGUAAACGUUUCGCGCGAUGGAUCAUAUUCAUUUUACCGAAUUGUAUCAGUGCCACAGUCAUCCAUGAACCUUUAUAUCGUCACAUGUUUUCUUAUGAAGACAAGGAAGAAAGAUUCAUCGACCCAUGGUAUAAAGUGCCACUAGAUGUUAAUGUAAUAAGUACGGAUACUUGGUGUACAACUUCUUAUUCUCAAUCGAUUGAAAAUUAUAACACAGUCAUUCUAUUUAUUCAUCUUCUCGGUCCAUUCAUUGCCAAUUUUUGUUGUGCCUUAUUCAUCAUUAUCCGAAGUGCACGACGACGAGCAGAAGUUCAAAAACAACAGUCGUAUAGAAAACAUGUUCGCGAACAAUGGAAAGAACACAAACACCUUGUCAUUAGUCCUAUGAUUCUCCUUCUUCUCUCAACACCACGUCUGAUCAUUUCAUUAUUAUCUGGAUGUGUGAAUGUCACUAAUCAUUUGUGGUUAUAUCUUUGCGCUUAUUUUAUCUCAUUUCUACCAUCGGUACUCUUUUUUAUUUUAUUCGUUAUUCCAUCGGACUUGUAUCGAAAAACUUUCAAAGAAUCAUUCUUUCGACUUUGUCGAAGAAAACGACGAUCUAAUCAAAUUUAA